UCAUAAAACAACAACUAUUCCUAAUUCCAAGUUUCCAAGAACCUAGCUAGUCUUAAGUACCGCUAGUUUUCAGCAUUAAGUUAAAUCAACACGGAUUAGUUAACCGAAAAUCUAAGUAAAUUUCCACUAAUCUUACCUAGUAGGACUAUACAAACCAACACACAACAACUAAAAGCUUAGCCACUUCUUCCUAGAAACCCUAUACCAUACAAACUGCUCUCAAAACCUCACUAAAAACACACCCAUUUCAGGCUUUCAGCUCUGAUAGAUAAUCAUCAAUGAAUUCCAUCAAUUCAUUCAAAGGCUACGGCAAAGUAGACGAAGCUGAAGAACGAGCAUUCCGGCAGAAAACACGACGGCGUAUAACCAUCAUCACCGUUUCCACCAUCAUCUUACUUGUAGUAGUAAUUGCUUCCGUUGCUGGAGUUUUGAUACACAAGAAAACCACUGAAUCAUCAUCAUCGCCAUCAUCAACUAAACCGUUAACAUUAUCUCAAUCAAUCAAAGCCGUUUGUUCUGUUACACAAUACCCUGAUUCUUGUUACACUAGUAUCUCCUCAAUACAUAACGGAUCAUCAGAUAAUCCUGUUGAUCCUAAAGAACUGUUCUUGUUAUCAUUGAAAUCAACGGUGAAGGAACUUUCAGGUCUUACUUCUUUGCCGGAUGAUAUGAUUUCGAAGAAAAUCAACGGUGUGGAUCGGAAAGUUAAGAACGCAUUACUUGAUUGUAAAUCGUUGUUUGAUGAUGCAAUUGAUGAACUAAACUCGUCAAUUUCAUCAAUCACAACUGCAGGUGAUGUUCAGGAUUUAUUAUCGACGGUGAAGAUUGAAAAUAUCAAGACUUGGUUGAGUACUGCAAUCACUGAUCAAGAAACAUGUUUGGACGGCCUGACCGAAAUGAAUACGAGCUCACCGAUUCAUGAUCGAGUCAAGUCAGCCAUGAAGAAUUCAACUGAGUUCACUAGCAACAGCUUAGCAAUUGUCGCCAAGAUCUUACCGAUGCUUGAGAAAUUCAAGAUACCGAUUCACAGAAAAUUACUGAGUCAACAACAAGAGGGAGUCAUCGCAGUGAAAAGAUUUCCAGAAUGGGUCAAUCCACGAGAUAGGAGAUUACUUCAAGAUGAUCAGGAUGUGAUCAAACCGGAUCUAACUGUUGAUCAAAAUGGUGGUGGUGAUUUUAAGACGAUUCAAGAAGCGAUUUUGUCGGUGAAGAAGAAGAAUGAAACAAGGGUUGUGAUUUACGUUAAAGCUGGUAAGUAUAUUGAGAAUGUGAUAAUUGAUAAGGGGCAUUGGAAUAUCAUGAUGUACGGUGAUGGGAGAGAUAAGACUAUCGUCAGUGGCAGCUUGAACAACAUCGACGGCACUCCUACUUUCUCUACGGCCACUUUCGUUGUGACUGGAAGAGGGUUUAUAGCAAAAGGAAUAAGGUUCGAAAACACAGCCGGUCCAGCAAAACAUCAAGCAGUAGCCCUAAGAUCCGGAUCAGACCGUUCUGUGUUCUACCAAUGCUCAUUCGAUGGGUACCAAGACACGUUGUACGCGCAUUCUAACCGUCAGUUCUAUCGUGAUUGUGAUAUCACCGGGACAAUUGAUUUCAUUUUUGGAAAUGCAGCUGUCGUUUUACAAAAUUGUCUAAUCCAACCGAGACAGCCUAUGGCGAACCAGUUUAACACGAUUACUGCACAGGGAAAGAAAGAUCCGAAUCAAAACACGGGGAUAUCGAUCCAACGGUGUACUAUCAAGCCGUUUGGUGUUGUUAGUCUUAAAACGUAUUUGGGCCGGCCGUGGAAGGAUUUCUCGACGACUGUGAUCAUGCAGACUGAGAUAGAUGCAGUUGUGGAACCAGUAGGUUGGCUUCCAUGGGUAUCCAACGUUGAACCACCAAAAACAAUUUUCUAUGGGGAAUAUUUGAAUACAGGGCCUGGAGCUGGUGUGGAGAAAAGAGUUAACUGGACUGGAUACAAGCCCACCAUUACACCUGAUGAAGCAGGGAGGUUUACAGUGAAUUCUUUUAUUCAAGGCAAAGAGUGGUUGCAACAAGCAAAUGUAAUGUUUGAUUCAUCGUUAUAAUGUUCAAGUAUAUCUAAGAGUUUAUAUGGAGAUGGUGACAAUUCAAGUUCGUUGGAAAAAAGAAAUGAAUGCAUAUAUAUAAAUUAGUUUAAUCUUUGAAACUAUAAUUAUUAAAAAUUGCAAAACCCAAUUUGUAGUCAAAAGACACGGUGUUGUGUGGUGUAGUCUAUGGUGGCACAAGUUAUAAGCAUUUCACAUAGUUCCGGGAUGUAGAAUCCAUGUUGAAUCAC